AUGACAACUCUACAAGGCAAAAACUACACUAUCGGCACCCGCAAGUCUCAAUUAGCCAUGGUACAAACCUACCUGGUCCGUGACCUUUUGCAGCGUGCCUACCCACAACAUACAUUUGCGAUCGAAAGCAUGUCUACAUCUGGUGACCGCAUUCUCGACAAAGCACUGAGCAAGAUUGGCGAAAAGGCUCUGUUCACAAAGGAACUUGAGAUUGCCUUGGAAGACGGCCGGGUUGAUUUGGUUGUCCACAGUCUAAAAGACUUACCGACCGUGCUUCCGGAGGGUAUGUAUCUCGGUGCCGUUCUCGAGAGAGAAAACCCCCACGAUGCUGUUGUACUCGCACCCCGUUUCAAGGGACUCACACUCGCCACCCUGCCCAAGGGAUCCGUGGUCGGCACAAGUAGUCUCCGUAGAGUUGCCCAAUUAAAACGUCGAUACCCUCACCUUAUAUUUGACGAUGUGCGAGGAAAUUUGAACACACGUCUUGCUAAAUUAGAUGCAGAUGACCACCAUUAUAGUGCAAUUAUUCUGGCCGUGGCUGGACUGGUGCGCCUUGGAAAAGAGGACCGUAUUUCACAAAUCAUCGAGCCUUCAGAUUCACUCCAUGCCGUAUCUCAGGGAGCAUUGGGUAUCGAGUGCCGUGAGAAUGACUCCGAGGCACGUCAACUGCUCGAGGUUCUCAACCACACCCCGACCCGUAUCCGGUGCUUGAGUGAGCGUUCGCUGAUGCGCGCUCUGGAAGGUGGCUGCAGUGUGCCUAUUGGUGUCAAUACAACACUCGUGCUUGGGGAUGAAAGCAAGAUGUCGCUGAGUCUCCGUGGAUUGGUAGCCAGUCUGGAUGGCCAGCAGGUUGUCGAGUACGAAGAUACCAUCUCUCUGCAGGGCGCAGACGACGCAAAGAAGUUUGCCUUGGCAGAAAGUCUGGGAACUCGUGUGGCAGCCAAGUUGGUUGAGAUGGGAGCUGACAAGAUCCUUGAUGCCCUUCGUCACUAA